AUGUCAAUCUACGAAGAAAUUCUUAGAGCUCAAGGAAACUUUGGAGGAAGAACAGGACCUUUUGCCUACUUGGCUGCCAAGAAAAAGAAGAAACCAACCAAGGAGAUUAUCUAUGAUAAUUGGAUGGCCUAUGAGUUGACCGUCGAAAAGGCUGAAUUGUACAAGGCUACCGACAGCAAUGGUUUUUCCGACCCAUACGUCAGAAUUGGAAAGGUAGUCUCUGACGGCCUCUUUUCUAAAAAGUGGGUACUCCAAACCCCAUCAGUCUCCAAGACUCUCAACCCAGUCUGGAACUACACCAACGACUUUACUGCCAACAUUGGAAAGUGCUCUCAAUUGACCCUUCAACUUUGGGACAAAGACGCCUUAAAAGAUGACUUCAUAGGCAGUGCAACAUUUCAUCUUCCAACUUCAAUAGGUUCAUCAUUCAGCAAGACCCUCGAUAUCUUUGAUCCAACCACCAACAAGAUCAUUAAUGCCAAGGUUACCUUUUCCAUCAAAUGUACCGAUCAAUGUACAAAGGACAAGGUUGAAAAUGCUGGUCGUAUAUCACAAACUUCUUUCUAA